GUACACGCGCACGGAACGAGCGAGUUUGUUACUCGAGGCGCGCGAGUUUGCCAUCAGGACAGUGUUUAUUCCACGCGGAUCGCGGAACGAAGCAUGGAACCGGCUAGAAAUAACACGGAGGGACAGGUGUCACACUGUAAUCCAUUUCUACCACAUAUCUAAAUACUUUCAUCCAAUCGACAUCCGAAAUUCUUCGAAAAAGUUCUCCUCCUUAUUUCGAAGAAUCUUCGUCGCUAUCAGAUAUCGCUGCAACUGAUACGAUGUCGCGAUCGUAAGACCACAAUUUCCAGAAUUUCCAGUUGCGAGUUAUCAUGAUCCAAUUGAUUGAGUUGAAAGAGCCGCGAAACACCUGAAGAGAACACCUGUGUUAAAUUCUACGUAUCCGUCGUGAUAGUAGCCGCGUCAUUGCAGGUGUUUCAAUUCGGUUCUAAUCAGAUGCUUAGAGAAAUCUGCUUUCCGAAAGUUUCUCGGAGUUUUCAAGGUGAAAAAGUACAAAAUCGUAUCGAAGAAGCGGAUAUUAUGAAUCAUAAGCGAUCAGAUAAUCUUAUUAAAUGGUGAUUUAAUGUGAACUGAUAAAUGCUAUGAAAUGCUUCUCUGGCGCGAAGCUCCUCCGAAUUUCGAAAUAAGACGUGUUUAAUGGAGAUUUGGGAAAACCAUGUUUAAGAGUCAAGCAUGUUAUAGUGAGUGAUAGAUCGGAUAAUCAUUGAAAUAGUGAUACAACACGAUAUGAUAAAUAUGACGAUGAAUCGUUUGAUCUGAGAAUCAAUUAAAUAACGAAGCCUGAUACGGAUAUAUAAUGCGAAUUUUGAUGGAUUUUGCAUGUGGGUAUUCGACAGAGAAUUAUAUUGGAAAGGAUCGAAUAUUAGAGGAAAAAAUGAUUCAUAAAGUGGUGUCGUCAUACAAGUGAAAGGUAAACAGGUGCAACUCAUAACCACUAUGAUAAGUUUCUACCUUUUUCUUCGUUAAAUUGAUAACGAAUAAAGAAAGCGUAUAGAAACAUAGACGAGACAACGAACCAAUAUCUCUUAUCGACUUCUACGUACUUCUUGAAUAUCUAGUUCUACCGUCAAUUUACAUCCUAAUUACACGAACGAUAUCGCAACGCCCGUCUGCGCCAGUCGAAUGACAAUACCUCCGCGAGAUCGACGUCUGGUUAGAUUUGGCUUGAAGAGAUACGUGAAAAUAUCGACGUGAUCCGCUGGAUCAUCAUCAGCUGCAUAGAAAUAUUUUUCGUCCACCCAACUGAUAUCACCACCUUCGAGAGAAGCUACGAUGCAAGAAAUAAAUUUGAAUAACAUCUGAAUAUAUUCCUCCUCCAUUGAAUUAGAAUUUUCUGACGAAUUCGUGAAAAGUGAAAUAAAAAUGUCUCCGAGCAAGGAUCGAGUUCCAGCCACCGCGUGCGAAGUGUCGCAGUUGAAAGAUGAAUAUAAGGAAAACGAUUCGAAGAAUCGUAAAUUGGCUGAAACAGACGACUAUUUGGCGGUUGACGAAACUUAUCGUAGCAGUAAAGUGGAAUAUGUUCCUCGUAUCACGUGGCCGGAUUUCAUCGCGUUAGUUUUCGUUCACGUAGGCUGCAUUUACGGAUUGUACCUUAUCUUCACCGAAGCCAAGCUUCUUACCACGUUAUGGGCGUUCGUGGUUAUAUACACUUCCGGAUUCGGUAUAACCGCGGGGGCGCACAGGUUGUGGUCCCACAGGGCGUAUAAAGCGAAAUGGCCUCUUCGAUUCUUACUAAUAUUACUAUUCACCAUAACUGGACAAAAACACGUAUACGCGUGGGCGUUGGACCACAGGGUACAUCAUAAGUACAGCGAAACCGAUGCGGAUCCCCACAACGCGAAAAGGGGUUUCUUCUUCGCCCACGUGGGCUGGCUUUUUACAACACCUCAUCCUGAUGUUGUGGCAAAACGAAAAGCAGUGGACAUGAGCGACUUGGAAGCUGAUCCACUUGUCAUGUGGCAAAAAAGAUACUACAUACCUCUGUUUGCCCUUCUAACCAUUGGAUUUCCGGUCGGCGUGCCUUGCUACUUCUGGUCAGAAUCUGUCUGGACAUCUUUCUGGGUGAACUUCAACUUUCGUUUCUGCGUUACGCUCAACAUAGCCUUCUUCGUGAAUAGCGUGGCUCACAUGUGGGGCCAGCGACCUUACGAUAAAUACAUCUCUCCAGUGGAGAACGUGGUGGUUUCGAUCGCGGCCCUAGGCGAAGGUUGGCACAACUUUCAUCACGUAUUUCCGUGGGAUUACAAGACUGGAGAACUUGGAAACUACACGUUCAACUUGACCACGGGCUUCAUCGACGCUUUUGCACACAUCGGUUGGGCUUACAAUCGCAAAUACGUGUCACCAGCGAUGGUUCGGCGCAGAGCGAUCAGAUCUGGCGAUGGCAGUCAUGUUUGGGGCUACGGUGAUGCCGACAUUCCAAUUGAGGAUCUCCAGGAAUUAAAACAGAUGGACAGGAAGAAAGAGUGAUAAUGUAUUUUUAGUGAUUACACGUCGACGUUAUGUUCCUUCUAUUUCCGCGAGUGUUGUGAUCAAUUGAACGUACAGGAGUGUGUGACACGAAUUAUGAAUCACCAUGUUGUUAUUUUUUUUUGUGUCGUUCGGUGAAUUUUAUAUGUUAUUGUUUUAUAUGUAUAUAUAUAUACAUACAUAUAUGUGUAUGUGUGUGUGUAUGUUAUUGUUGUAAGUAUUAUAUGUAUCGAGCAGAAGCUGCUUCAGUGUGACGAAAUCGAUAAAUGUAUCAAGCGUAUCAAUGUAUCAAUGUUUCUACGGUGGUGAUAGCCACUCUAUGCCAUUAGACGAACAAUAAUAUUGUCGAUAUUUCAAGGUUCUUAACGAAAAUGUGGUUUGUCAAUAAAUAUUGACACUAUAUAUUGAUCCUUUUAGUUGAGAACCUUGAAGUAUAAUGUAUAUGGAAAGUCUGUAAAACCCCUUUAGAUCUUCAUGCUCGAUCAUCUAUCGCUCUAACCGUCUUCCAACGGUUCCUGCUUUGUUUCUACGAUUCUUGAUCGCGCAUUACUCUUACGAUAUAGACGAAUUUGUGUCUCCUUUUAAUUUAUUCUUUCCCAGUGACACGAGAAAUUCGAAAAUAUCGGUAUUUUUAAAUAUUUCUAACCAAAUUAAUAAUUUCAAUAUUGAAUAAUACAUUUCCAACUAUUUUCAAAUACAAUUAAGCGAAAAAAAGAAAACUGAGAAAAUUUUCGUCAUUGGGCUUGGGAUUUUAAAAAUCCUCCCGCAUUGAACGUAUUAAGAAACUUGGAAGAUGUCAGGUGAAUUUCGUCUCUUAUGAUAGUUUCUAUUUGGAUGUAUAAUCUUCACGAGACUGUUGGUAGAAGAAUUCACUAUGUGUUCUUUGGAAUAAUUUGCAACUUUUCGUACUUGAAAAAUUUGUAAGUCGGUCUCAUAAGUUAAUGAACCUAUCGUUAAUCGAUUUUGAGUCGAUUAAGACAAGCUGUCUUUCUGAGCAUAAUGUACAAAAUAGUUUCUAUUUUUAAAUAAGAAAUAAAAUAUGUGUACGAUGUGAAUGAAUGCACUUGGACUUCUUUACAGAACGUAUAUUUAAUUUUGUUUAUAUUGCGAUGCUUGUUAUCAGAGUUUCAGUUACCAUAAUUAAAAUAAUCUAAGGAUUAGUUAGAGCAAGUUUUAAUACCUAAGCUUUCAACAACUAUUUGUAAAAAAAUUCUAACGAAUCUAGAAAAUAAAUCUAGAAAAUAAAUAUAGAAAAUUGUAAAACACAGCUGUGCGACAUUAAAAAUAAUUAGAAAAAAAAUGCUAAACGAUAGCAGCAUGGGAAUUUAAAAAAGAAAUGUCCGCAUAUAAUUGUAAACGGAGCAAUUACAUGUAUCUUUUUAAUUAUUGUAUUAAAGAAUCGAUUGUGUGAAAUUGAACAAAGGCCAUAUGCACAUGAGGUAUAAAUAUUCAAUUUCUUUUUAUUA